CUCAUCUCAACCUCACAGUUUGCUGAGUAAGGAUUUGGCGGUUUCCAUCUUAACCUGCACCGGAUAUCAGGCUAUGCGUCCCCCGUCUGAGCUUCUCGUGCUGGCUCUCAGCUUGUCUGUCCAGGUGACCUCAGGUGAUCAGUGCUUAGGAGGCAGCAACAUAUUCACUGAGAUCUCAGAGAACAGCCCUAAUGGAACAUUUGUGGCUAACCUGACAGCAUUUGGGGACUCGGUAACAAACACGGUGAAACUCUGCCUGAGCGGCACAGAUGCUGACUGGUUCUACCUGGAUGGGAAAAAUGUAUGGCUCAACGUGUCCUCUGGAAAAACAUUGGACAGGGAGGUUCUGGACUCUUCUGUACUUUUUGUUACACUUUCCUGCUCUGAAGAAGGAUUUCCAACGAUUCAGUACAGGAUUAUUGUGCAAGUCCUGAAUGAAAAUGACAACAAACCAAAGUUUUUGGAGGAGACAGUGAUGCCUCAGAACAUUAGUGAGCUGGCUGAGGUGGACUCUGUGGUAUUUACAGCAAAGGCUUUAGAUCUUGAUGGAGAUACCCUCAUGUAUAUUAUAGAUCGGACCACGGCAGAUUACAAGUAUUUCCACACGGAUCUCCCGAGCAGUGGGAGGGUACUGCUGUCCCGGCCUCUGGACUAUGAGAGUAAACAGGAGCUGGAAGUUGUGAUUCAUGCUGUGGUGAGAAGAAUUAGCAGGAUUCUCAAGAGCUGA